ACGUGACUUUAGAACGGCGGUGAAACGUCACGUCGGCUACGACUUAACAGCUGUCAGCCAUCGGGAUCGUGAAAUUGCUUUUUAUUCAUUCGGAAAGCGGCGUUUCGCGUUUUCAGAGACGCGUGCCGUGCCCCGGGAAGCCGAUUCCCGAUACCGUUUGUCAAUUGCCACCCGGAAAUCUGGCCAGAAAUGGACAGUAACGCCCGUCAAAAUACGCCGCCUCAAACAAGUGCGGAUACCAGCGGCGAAACGUCACAACAGAACGAAAUUCCUACAGUUACCGUAGCUAUGCCCUUUAUGCAAGUUGAUAUACUCGGUCAUUCCUCUGCUGCUGGUGCACAAGCGAACAAUCUAACAAAUCGGAUGUCCGAUGCAGAAGAGAUACCACCUCCAAAACCAGACUUUUCUGCGCCACCUCCUUAUGAAGUAGCUACCAAAUUGCCCAGUUAUGAAGAGGUGCAGCGUGAAAAAAGUCUACAAGGCGAGCCACAGCCUCAAGUACACAUGGUACAUAGCAGUACUCAAGUACAUAUGCCAGGAAAUAUUAGAUCACCACAACAGCCUCUGACAAUAUUGGCUAUAGAUACCGAAGCUGCAGAGGGAGAUCCAGAAAGUGGAUUACUUGGUACAGACUUUAUGUUCUUCACAUCAUUUCUUGUUGCAUUCCUAUUUAAUUGGAUUGGAUUUUUGUUACUGAUGUGUUUCUGUCACACUAUUGCCUCUCGUUACGGUGCGCUGGCUGGUUUUGGAUUGUCUCUGACAAAGUGGACACUCAUUGUCAAACAUUCUACCGACCUUGCUUCGCGUGAGAACUCAUGGCUUUGGUGGUUGAUAAUGGCAUUUGGAAUUUUAAUUUGUGUACGUGCCAUCAUUCAAUAUCUGAACAUCAAACGCGGUUGGAGAUUAUUGUCCGGUAGUGCACAGGAGCGUCUACUUUUUUCUAUUAAAAAUCAUUGAAUCUGCACUUCUCUUUAUUAAACUUGGCUUUAGAGCAAAGAGCAUUUUUAUGUGGGGUCAUAUUUGUAUAAUAUAUAAUCGACAGAUUAUCGUAUAGAUUGUAAUAUCUAUCAGUCAUGUCUAUAUAGAGAACGAAAACAAAUCUUUAAAAUGGUUCGCCAAAUUCGCUGUGUGAAACUGAGAUAAUGUGAAAAGAGAAACUCGUUUUUCGCACAUACAUCCAUAUAUAUACACUCACACACCUUAAAACACACUAUUUUAUGUGUUGUCAUACGAGAUGGAGUACGCGAGGAAGAAAAAAUGUACUUUUUUAUUGCUCAAAAUAACAUGAAAAAUGCUUUAUGCCAA